CUUAUGUCUCUCCAAAUCAUCAACACUCACCAAAUGCCAACAAGCCAACUUUCCCAUCAAGGCACCUUUCUCUUUCAUGUCCUCCCUGCACGACUUCAGCCACCAAUUUCUGCACGUCUUUAUUAUCAAGUUGAUCAUCAAAGUACGGCGACUCAAUUAGAAAUUGAUCUGAAAAAAGUGAGAAAUUCAAAGUGUCAUUCAUCCUUUGCAAAGCUGUAAAGUAAGAAAUUGUGCCUCUUUUCACACCACGAAGCUAAAAGAGAAGAGUGUAAUUGAGCAGUUCUCCGUCUCAAUUUGCAACUAAACAUUUUUUAGUCAUAACAUUCUCGAAGAAAAAGUUGACAUAGGUAUUUGUCUCAAAUUACAAAAAGUGCAUAACUUCUCAUGACUCGAUACUAUGCUAAAUUCAGUCAAGCUUCAUGACGGCUUGUGGUCAAUCGGCCUAGCGUCUAUGUUCAACUGGUCUCCGACCUCGGGGUCGUCACAACGUGAGCCUUGUGAGAGUGGGAGUGGUGGUGAUGGUGAGAGUGCCAGUGAAAAAGUAAGCCUGGACAGUGGUAAUAAUAAUAAUAAUAAUAACAGUGGUGGUGGGGUAAAAGAGCAGAGGUCGAGGCAGCAGAAUUUUGACCCGUCUGCAUUAUACCACCAUUUUCCUUUUUCGACAAAUUUUAACCUCCUACGACCCGAAUCGUGCAAGGAGAGCAUUAUGAAGAACGCAGGAGGAAAGUCUUUCACGAUCGACUCUCUGCUAGGAAUUAAUGCGGCGCAGGUUGCAAUUCAGAAUAGAAUUCAUGCCGGAAAUCGCGGUCGCGCUGAGGAAUCUUCCAUCGAUGGAAAUUGGAAUUUGGAUAAGCACCAUGGGUUAGAUCACUGCGGAGAAAAUAGGACUUUUAAUCCAAGGAAGGAACGACAUGCGCCGUAUGCAAGGUCAAGCAAUGCAGAUAAAAUGAGUGAGAAGCCUCAAAAAAAUUCGAGGAGGACAACGAAAUCCAAGAGGGUUCGAACUAUUUUUACACCGGAACAAUUGGAGAGGUUGGAGUCAGAAUUCGAGCGACAGCAAUACAUGGUGGGGCCUGAGAGACUUUAUUUGGCAUCGACCCUGUACCUUACCGAAGCGCAGGUUAAGGUGUGGUUUCAGAAUCGUAGAAUAAAGUGGAGAAAGCAACACCUGGAAAUGCAACAGCAACGACUCGCCAUUUUCCGAUCGCAGAGUUCGCACUCGCACUUGGACAACCGAGAGGAUGACGUCUUCGAAGACGACAGUGAUGAUGACGAAGUAUCCACAAAAUCGCAAACCCCACCCCCGUCAGACUUCUCCUCCUCCAACGCUGGGGGUGGUUCGAUACCCUCCUUCACAGGAAGUCUGACUGCUCAACAACUUCCGGUGAUGGAUGCAGGACCAAGUUGUCCUCCUAACAAAAUGUUCCCAGGAUGCACACCAACUGGUCUGAGAAAUUACACGAGAGGAGGAGCCGCAACAUCCCAGGAGUGCAAUAAAAUCGGAAAUUUCCUGCACAAUAGUGACCACGGUGGUGGUGGCGGUGGGUGUGACGACUCCUCGUCCUACUUGGCACACCAUUCUCCGUCUCUUGAGUGAUCAAAGUGAAUGCAGAACUUUGCAAUAACAGACAGAAUAGAAUUUAUCAGUGCCAAGAAUUCUGAGGUGAAUAUUUCAAUCGUAAAUAUAAAUAUGUAUUGAACGAAGCAGACGCCUGACAGAGAUGAGUUUAUAUUAUAGCUUUGAGCUAUUACCAAAAAUAUAAUCCAGUAAAUACUCAGUGCAAUGUUUAUCGUGUAACGUAAGACAAACUUGUUCAGAUUUUUGUAAGGUGAUUAAAAUAUUUGU